UAUCAACCUGUCCCACUACCCUUUUCUAAACAUUAUAUUUCUCUUGAAGUGAGGUUGCAUAAUAAAUACUAUUAGACACCUGCAACCAUCAGGCUCAUUGUUGUAACCAUUUCAUACUUCCUGACACAUCUUGACUAUAUAAUUUGUUGAGGUGGCAAGAAAAGGAAAUGAAUCAAAUUUUGUGUCGAAACUCUUCUGGUUUGACUUUAAGCUAAGGAAAGAUUUAGAUGACUGCAUAUUGUAAAAUAUUCCUGGAGGUCUUUUUGCUUGUUCUUGACUCCUCGCCAGGCCUCACUCUUCUGAAUCUUUCUUGGCGUGACCUUUUCUCAUUUUGUUGAAGUCUCCGAACUGAUAAAACUGGAAACUCCUAAUCUAUGUUAUUUGAUGGGUAUCAUUUUUAUGACAUGUUUUUAUAUUCUUUAGAUUCCUAUGAAGAUGCAUUUUCGUUGUACAGAUGUAUGUAUUAUUGCUUGGCAUCCCCAAGCACUUUGAUAUGGCAUUUAUGGAAUUGGAGCAUUGCCUUAUGACCUAUCGAGUCCUGCACUGAGUCUUUAACAUAUAGAGGUUGUAUUGUGUCAAAAGUAUGCAUGGUGGUUUACAAUGGAUUCCUUGAUCACCCAAAAAAAUAUUAGAUCCUAGUCAGUUUGAACUUUGAAUACUGUAAAGCUAAUAUAGGUAAUACACUACUGCCUUAAUCUGAAACUACUUGAAAUUUUGAUAUUGAACUCAUAACAUGACAAAAAGAGAAAUGAUACUAUGUGUUCAGGAGCAGUAACUAUCACAUAUUGAAGAUAUUUGGUUGGAUGUAGAGCAUAUGCAUUUGGUGUUAAAAGCCAUGAGGAGAAACAAGGAUAAAGGAUUUUCCGAUGUCUUAUACCUGGCCGUGAACAAUAAAAGAGACAUUGAGGAUAUCUCAGCUCUAAUGUUUUCAUGCAGAAGGGCUCAGGAAAUGUUAUCUACACUCUGCCCUCCAAUGGAACGAUUCUUGAAAGAAUUAUUCGUAAAAGCAACAUGGAUAUUGCAAGGUAAACUCGGUGGGAUAUUCUACGGGGUAUUCCAUGGAUCUCAUGGUUUUAAAUGUGGGGAUGACAUUCAACUCUGGUUCCGGGAACAGGAGAGGAGCUUUGGCCAUCCUGGCCAUUUUCUGUCUCUGUAUACGAGUCCCAAAAAGAUGUUAUCAGUUAUCAUCGCGAUGAUUAGCUAGUUAUCCCACUUUGAUAGCUAUAGUCACCAGGUGCUUUCUUUCACUGUAAGAUACAAAUGCUUAAAUGCUUUUGUUGUGCUGUCCUAAUAUCGAACUUUUAAGUCUUUUAUGAUCACCAACAAUUUACGCACUUUCUUAUUAGUUGAUCUUCCUGAUGCAUCGACAUCCUUUGGUUCAAUCUCUCUCUCGGAUAGGUUGAGGAGCGUUCUAUUCCGAUUGAAGAACUACUUGAGGCAGAAGAAGUUUCCUGCACUGGACUCCUGUAGGAAGUAUUACAUAGUAGUACUAGGGUAAUAGGGUUGAAUAUAAGAUGAGCGCUAGGCUCGGGUGCGUGAAACUUCACUCGAGAUAGCAGGGGAUGGUUGGUUCAAAUUGAGUGAUUACAAAACUUAUUUAGACUAAUUUAUAUACUAUGAAUUUGAUGUUGGACAAUUCAUUAGUUUUGCUAGUUCCGAGUGCCACUGUGUCCUAAAAUAAAUAGGUUAGGGUGAUAACAUAUAGUACUAGUACAUGUUUUAUUAAUUUCUUAAUCAGUCUCUUCCUCAACUCAAUUUAUUAAACCGGUAUUAAGCAAAAUUGAUUCA